UUCAGUGCUUCUAGCCGCCACUCCACCAUCUGAAAAUCUAAGAAUCGAAGACUGAAGACUUGAAGGAGACGAAGACGAAGCCUCCGCCGUACGCCAUUGCCUGCUGCGCUGCUCCGCCGUACGCCAUCGCCUGCUGCCCUGCCCCGCCGUACGCCAUCGCCUGCUGCCCUGCUCCGCCGUCCGUAGCUUCUCGACGAAGUAUUUCAGGUUACUAAAACAAAUGAAAUCAUAAACAAUGAAAUGUGUUUGAUGGGUUUUCGUCGAAUUAUCAAUUAGAAUAUUAGCAGUAACUUGGGAAUGAGUCUUGCUGUGCUUCCUAAACAUGUGGCAGCUGUCAUAAGAUGCCAAAAGAACCCAUUGAAAGCAUUGGAAAUGUUCAAUGCUGUGAAAAAGGAUGAUGGGUUUAAGCAUAACUUGUUUACUUACAAAUGCAUGAUUGAAAAGCUCGGUUGCCAUGGGGAGUUUGAGGCUAUGGAACACUUGGUUGAGGAAAUGAGGAAAAUUUCUGAUAAUGGAUUGUUGGAGGGUGUGUAUAUUAGUGUUAUUAAAAGUUAUGGGAAGAAAGGUAGGAUUCAAGAGGCGGUUGAUGUGUUCGAGAGGAUGGAUUUCUAUAGUUGUGAGCCAUCUGUGCAGUCAUAUAAUGCUAUUAUGAAUAUAUUGGUUGAAUAUGGGUAUUUUAACCAAGCACAUAAAGUUUAUAUGAGGAUGAGAGACAAGGGGAUCACUCCUGAUGUGUAUACUUUUACCAUUAGGAUGAAGUCGUUUUGUCGCACAAAUAGGCCUCAUGUUGCUUUGAGGCUUCUGCAUAAUAUGUUGUCCCAAGGAUGUGUAUUCAAUGCAGUUGCGUAUUGUACUGUAAUAGGUGGGUUUUAUGAUGUGAAUUGCCAAGUCGAAGCAAAUGAACUAUUUGAGGAGAUGCUUGGAAUUGGAAUAAUUCCUAAUGUUACUACAUUUAAUAAGCUUAUACAUACCCUUUGUAAGAAGGGGGAUGUCCAAGAAAGUGGAAGACUUCUUAAUAAGGUAUUUAAAAGAGGAGUUUUCCCAAAUUUGUUUACGUUUAAUAUCUUUAUUCAAGGCCUUUGUAGAAAUGGAAAACUAGACGAGGCUGUGAAGAUGUUAGACAGUGCAGAAAGGGGAGGUUUUACUCCUGAUGUUGUUACUUAUAAUACAAUCAUUUGUGGCUUAUGUAAGAGCUUAAAGGUUGUGGAGGCUGAAUCUUUUUUGUUUAAAAUGGUGAACAGUGGGUUUAAGCCUGAUGCUUUCGCAUACAACACAAUAAUCGAUGGAUAUUGCAAACUUGGAAUGAUACAGAAUGCAGAUAAAGUUCUUAAUUAUGCGGCCUACAAAGGUUUUGUGCCUGACCAGUUCACAUACAUUUCCCUAAUAUAUGGGUCAUGUGAAAAUGGAGACACAGACAGGGCCAUAAGCUUAUUUCAUGAAGCAACUAGCAAAGGUAUCAAGCCUAAUGUAAUUCUCUAUAACACAUUAAUCAAGGGGCUUUCUCGGCAUGGGCUUAUUUUGGAAGCUUUCCAGUUCAUGAAUGAGAUGCCAGAAAAAGGAUGCAACCCAGAUACGUGGACAUAUAACACAAUCAUAAAUGGAUUGUGUAAAAUGGGCUGUGUAUCUGAUGCCACCGAUGUCAUGAAUAUCGCGAUGAACAAGGGGAUUCUUCCUGACAUUUUCACCUUUAACACUCUGAUUGAUGGUUACUGCAAGCUGUCAAAAUUGGCUGAUGCAAUUGAGAUUUUAAACACCAUGUGGGAACAUGGUAUUGCUCCAGAUGUUAUAACAUAUAAUACAGUGUUAAAUGGCCUCUGCAAGGCCUCGAGUUCUGAUGAAGUUAUGGAAAUGUUUAAAGUGAUGGUGGAAAAGGGGUGUGAUCCAAACAUUAUCACUUAUAAUAUACUUAUGGAGAGCUUGUGCAGAUCUAGAAAAUUCACAAGAGCUUUUGAUUUGCUUGAGGAAAUCGAAAGCAAGGGUCUGUCUCCAGAUGUUGUGAUUUUUGGCACAUUGAUUAAUGGGUUUUGUGAAAAUGGGGAUUUGGAUGGGGGCUAUAAGUUGUUCCGAAGAAUGGAGAGGCAAUAUAAACUAUCUCAGACAACUGCGACUUACAAUAUUAUGAUAAAUGCUUUUUCUGAGAAGUUAGAAAUGGACAUGACUGAAUUGCUAUUUUCUGAGAUGAGUAAAACUGGUUGUGUCCCUAACAACUAUACCUACCGUUGUAUGAUAGAUGGUUUUUGCAAGAAAGGAGACUGCGAUUCUAGUUACCGCUUCCUCCUUGACAACAUCGAAAAGGAGUUGCUGCCGUCACUACCAACAUUUGGGCAAGUGAUCAAUUGCUUAUGCAUGAAGCAUAGACUACGGGAGGCAGUUAGUACCAUUCGCCUUAUGGUGCACAAAGGUAUUGUUCCCGAUGCUGUGCAUACAAUUUUUGAAGCUGAUAAAAAGAAUGUCGCAGCACCCAAGAUUGUUCUUGAAGAUUUGUUGAAGAAUAACCAUAUCAAUUAUUAUGCAUAUGAACUCUUAUAUGAUGCCAUUAGAGAUAAGAAGCUUAUGAAACCGAGGCAUAAGAGGAGUAAAUUUGCUGCAGCAAAUGAUGAACUAUUGGAUUAUAGGGAGAGAGUGCACCUAUGACAAGCUCAAACUCAAAUGUCUGCUCCGUUGUUAGGGGUUAUAUAACAGUGGUCCUUAAGAUACAUGGGCCAGGUGAGCAAUGAAAAACAGCUUACAAGAAAGUUAAUUAGUUUAUCCGACAGCAGCAUACAUAGCAGGGAAGCAAGUCUAGAAGGAUGGUGCACACUUGAAAGUUCUUCUGCCUAUCUCGGAGACAAUUCAGAGAAGGAAGAUUAUCCAUGUAUUUGCACCUUCUUUGCGUAAAAGAGCAAAUGAACAAUGAACCUUCUGUAAAGAGUGGUGUUAGAAUGCUCUUCUUUCUGGCAAUUCUCAGUCUUCUGCUGGUGCAAAGUUGAGUGUACCAUUGUCUAUCGGGAUCAAAGAAGGAAGUCGUUUUAUAUAUGCAUCUGCCCCAGGGGGAAAUGUGGCCAUGGAAAUGGUUUGACACAGUGAGAAUGUCAAAGGAACCAGUUCUUGUUGUGCCCAUCAGAAAUACACCUAAUCACGGUUGACAACAUGGAUGCAAAGGUUUUUUUAGUCUAGGGGGAGGUGAGAGGAAAAAGAAAAAUGUACCUCAUGGAAAUUGAAGGUUUUUGUGGGACCUUGGCAUGAAAAAAAACAAA